AUGGUGCUGCAUCGCCUCUUUGCCCGUGUCACCCUUCUGGCGUGGCUGGGAUCCGCAGGUUCCGAGGCACUUCCAACUUUGCGUGGAAGCAAAGGGCUCAAUGCGACCUCGGCGGAAGGUGCGGCCUUGAGGUCUUUGUGGCAACAUGCAGGGUGCUGCAAUGGCUGUCACACAGACUUCUGCUCCCCACAGAGUGGCAGUUGCUACGAUCACAAGGCCAAGGCCUACUACUUGGCGUGCGGAGGAACUUGGGAGGAAGCUCAGCCUCAUGCCAACUGCUGCGAUUCCUGUUACGGUUCCUACUGCUCUCCUCAGAGUGGAAGUUGCUAUGACUCCAAGGGGAAGGAUUACUAUUUGGAGUGCAGUGGUCUUAGACCCAACGUCGGCGGCUGGGAGCAGGUGGCAAAGUAUGCAUGCACGACAUCAACCCAGUCCCAAUCCAUAUACGAUCUCACCUCACGUGCUGAUUGCAAAGAAAGGUGCGAUCAGACUCCAUGGUGCAGGAUAUUUCAGUUCAACACGGGCACAGUGGAUGGCUGUUCCUCACGUUCAGAGUGCAUGCUGCUGAGCAAUUGCGACGAUGUGAUUUAUGCUAAGUGUUGGGACUACUACCAUCCGUGA